AUGUCUUACUUCAAUCUGGCACCCAGGACAUACGUCUCGGGCGCAGACAGCCCAGGAUCGUCAGUCUUCGACCUGCCGACGCAGCCAGAACGGAAGGCUAGCAACGGCAGCUCGAGCAAGACCGCCGCGCAGGUAGACGUGCCGCAGAACGGCUCGCAAUCCUUCCUGGUCAUUUCCGGGGGGACGGGCUGCAACUCGAUAUGCGCCGCGUUCGGGAACGCGUCUUACGUGCUGCCCGUGUCGGACGAUGGGGGCUCGUCCAGCGAGAUCAUACGUGUCUUGGGUGGGCCGUCGAUCGGUGAUAUACGGUCGCGGCUAGUUCGCCUGAUACCGUCUGCACCACCCUCUUCACCCCUGGAUUCAAUACGCACCUUGCUCGCGUACCGGCUUCCAGCUGAUCGAACUGAGCGCGAAGCACGGGAUGAGUGGAGAGAUAUCGUCGAAGGUAGGAGUCAUCUUUGGUCGGGUAUACCAAAUGACCGCAAGGAACUUAUCAGAGGGUUCCUUGUACAUUUCGAAAACGAGGUAUUGAAACGCGCGCACAAGAACUUCUCGUUUGUGAAUGGAAGCAUUGGCAACUACUUCCUUUCUGCCGCACAGGAAUUCUUCCGAUCAUUGCCCUCGGCCAUUUUUCUCUUUUCAUCAAUCACAAAUAGCCAGGCCAACAUCCUCCCCGUGAUCGUGACCAACCACACAGUGACGAUCGCAGCAGAACUAGAGAACGGUAGGAGGCUCGUCGGCCAGUGCGAGAUCUCUCACCCCGUGCACGGCGCGCCUACCAUCAGCGUCGCCCCGGACGAUUUCGACGUGGAUCCGGAUGCGGUCUCCUCGAUGGACGCGCUGGACGGGAUGAUUUCACCGCCACAGAAUGUGAUGUUCCAGUCCAGGGCCAAGGGCGCGUACGAGCCGCUUGACGCACGGAUUUCGCGGCUGUACUAUAUCAACGCCUACGGCAACGAGAUCCACCCCUCACCGAACUCUGACUACAUCACGAAUCUGUCCUUGACAGAUGUCCUUGUGUACUCGUGCGGGUCGCUAUGGACGAGCAUUAUACCGUGCCUGGCGCUCAAAGGUGUCGCGAAUGCGAUUGCACGCUCGCGUUCUCUGCGCGCGAAGAUUCUCCUGUUAAAUUCACGAAACGACAGAGAGACGCACGGAUACACAGCAGUUGAUUACAUAAACACAAUCGUCCGCACACUGAAUACUCCGUAUCACAAACACUCAUACGGAGGCCUUGGCAACGCCGACACCACGUACCCUGCGUCGGCGUUCAUCACGCACCUCCUCUACCUGAGGGGCGCAGCCAUCGCAGUGGACGUGCUGGAGAUCACGCGCCUGGGUGUCAAAUGCGUAGAAGUUGACGCACCAGCCGAUGGGACGACAGGCGUGCCGCAGUUCGAUGCGACUUGCGUUCGCCGAGCGAUUGAUCGUGUUUUGGCUGAGGCAGUGGACUGA